CGCUAAGCAACGCAGAGCUAAUACCAUAGCAACGCGUAAACAAUAAGCUCCGAGGCGAAGGGGAGAAAAUGUCAGACACAAGACGAGGAGCGGAGGAAGUGGAGGAGAGGAGCAGUGCUGAGGAGAACGAAGAGGAGGAGAAGUCUGAGGAGGCUCUCUCCUCCUCAGCAGCUCCCAAGAGAAAUUCUGAACCGCCACAAGCGCAAACUCUGUCUAACAUCCCCGAGGCGGUGGACGACUUCCUGAGGAACUUCUUGCGCAGAGCCGGCCUGACGCGGACUCUGAGCCGCUUCGAGGUGGAGUGGUACGGCUCGGCGCUCAGGCGCCUCACAGACACCCUGAACACCGUAGCCACGGCGGCCCCGGGGGUCUACUUCAUCCCCGAUGCUCUCACACACCGACGCCUCCUCCAGAGCGAGCUGGAGGCGGUGCGCGCAGAGACGGAGCUGCUCAGGGAGGAGGUGCUGGGUGCAGGAGCGAGCCUAGUGAGGAUACAGAGGGAGCGGGACUUUCACCGGCUGCAGCACCGGCGAGUCUCCGAGGACAAAAGGAGGCUCACAGAGGACUUCAAACAACUGAAGAAACAUCUGCAGUCGUACGACCCCGUGCUCAGGCAGCUGGAGGAGAAAUACCAAACAGCUGUCAGGCAGAAGAUGCUCCUCAGCUUCCACAGAGAGAGACUGCAAAGCAGCACAGACCCUACACCAGCGCAGGUGAAGGAGGAGAGGAGGAAGGAGAAACCACCAGCAAAGACCACUGCACGCUUGAAGGACUCGGAGUUCCCCCCCUGCAGUGGGCUCCCAAGGGCCUACCUGGAACAAAUGAACUCUCACAAAAGCUUCGCAUCUUUCAGCCUCGCAUGCUCUAUAAGAGCGCAUCAGCAGCCAAUCAGCUGCAUCGACCUGCAUCCAAGAAAACUGAUCCUUGUCUCGGCCAGUGAUGACAGCACCUGGAGAUUGUGGGUUCUCCCAGAAGAAAGAGAAAAGGUGGGUGAGAUGCUGCUGACUGGUGAGGGUCACUCUGAUUGGCUGUCCGGUUGUAGCUUUCACCCUGAUGGAUCAAAAUUAGCGACAACCAGCGGAGACAUGACAGUGCGGCUCUGGGACUUCUCUCGUGGCUGCUGUGUACUGAUGCUCUCUGGCCAUGCCCAGCCCACCUGGGCAUGCUCCUUUCACUCAUGUGGUCACUUCCUGGCCUCCUGCUCUGCUGACAGAACCGCCAAGCUGUGGGACCUGAACAGCCAGCGCUGUCGCCUCACACUGCGCCAACACACCGCCUCCGUCAACAGCGUCUGCUUCCUACCUUCCUCCAACCUCCUCCUCACCUGUUCCGCUGACAAAACCAUCGCCCUGUGGGAUGCCAGGCUAGGUGUCUGCACCACCACCUUUCUUGGACAUUAUCACCCCUGCAACCAUGCUGCCUUCAGCUCAGCGACCAGCAUGGUGGCCUCCUGUGACUCUUCUGGCAUCGUCAACACGUGGGACAUGAGAAAACCCACAUCGCCGAUGGCCGCUGGAGACACCGGGCCGCUUAGUGCCAACCAAGUGGCGUUCAACCACUCAGGGAAGAUGCUGGCGGUUGCCAGCAGCGACGGUUUGGUGAAACUGGUGGAGGUAGACUCUGGCAGUGUGAGCAGCUUGGAGGGCCACAGGGACAGUGUGCAGAGUGUGACCUUUGACCACAAGGGGGAGACUGUGAUCUCGGCAGGGAGUGAUGGGAGGGUUAACAUCUGGUCGUAACAUAAGAUUUCUGAUUGAGUAGUGAUCGAUAUCUGAGAUUGACGUGAACUUUUAGUUGUAUUAAUCAAAGAAGUGACACCAUGGAGGUUGUAAACCAAAACAUGUUUAAUGAGAGCUGUGCAAAGCCAAGCCAAGCAGCUAGAAGCACACAUUAAACAUUUAACAUCAAGUGUCUUCUUCACCCCGAGGUGAAUAAAAAUACUUCCUGCAUCAGAGGGUUAAAGUUCCUCUGUGCCAGUAUGAGUCCUGUCAUCCUGAGGAUGGAGGAAACACCAUCUGGUUUCAUGUCUUUGUUUGAAAAGUGAAACUGAUGCAGUACUAUGAACCUGCAUUCUUUCUAAUGACCCAGCAGGGGGCAACUCCUCUGAUCAAUAAAUAAAGUCUGAUUGUUAGUCCAUGGGAAAA